AUGUCGGACGUUGAAGCCAACGCCACUCCCACCAAGCCCUCCUCCGCCUGGACCGAGGAAGCCAAGGUAGAGUUGCUGCUCCGCAUCAUCGUCCAGCUCCGCGAGGACGGCAAAAACGUCAACUGGUCGCGCGUCAACAUGCCCGGCCGCACCCUCAAGAGCAUGCAGAACAUGUGGACCAAGUUCAACAAGGAGAUUGCGGAGCUCAAGAACGAGGAGGGCGGUGCUGGCAGUGAUGGCGCAAAGGCCGCGACUCCGACCCGAGCCAAGGCGACUCCACGCGGCCGUGGUCGUCCCAAGAAGUCCGAGCCCAUUGUGGCUCCCGGCGCCAGCGACGACGAGGAGGAGACCAAGGUCACCCCCAAGAAGCGCGGCAUGGGUCGUGCUGCUGCCAAUACCGCCUCCAAGAGGAUCAAGAAGGACGCCGACGAGGACACCGACGAGCUCGUCAAGAAGUCCGAAUCUGAUAUCGAGGAGAACGGCGGGAUCUAA